AUGAGAAAUGGUACAGUAACAACAUUCAUUCUUCUGGGACUCACAGAUGACCCUCAGCUGCAGGUUCUGAUUUUUAUCUUCCUAUUUCUCACCUACAUGUUGAGUGUAACUGGCAACCUGACAAUCAUCACCCUCACUUUGGUGGAUUCCCACCUUAAAACACCUAUGUACUUUUUCUUAAAAAAUUUCUCCUUCUUAGAAAUAUCAUUCACAUCUGCUUGUAUUCCUAGAUACCUGUAUAGCAUAGCAACAGGUGACAAAGUCAUUACCUACAAUGCUUGUGUCAUCCAAGUGUUUUUUAUCGACCUCUGUGGAGUUACGGAAUUUUUUCUCCUGUCUGCCAUGUCCUAUGACCGCUACGUGGCCAUCUGUAAACCCCUGCAUUAUGUGACCAUCAUGAGCAACAGAGUCUGUAGGAUUCUCAUCAUCUGCUGUUGGAUGGCUGGCUUAUGGAUAAUAAUCCCUCCUCUUGGUGUGGGUUUGAAUCUAAAAUUUUGUGACUCUAACAUAAUUGAUCAUUUUGGCUGUGAUGCAUUUCCCUUAGUGAAAAUCUCCUGCUCAGACACAUGGUUCAUGGAACAGACAGUUAUCAUCUGUGCUGUGCUGACCCUGAAUAUGACUUUAACGUGUGUAGUUCUGUCAUAUGCUUACAUCAUCAAGACCAUUUUCAAAUUCCCUGCUGUCCAGCAAAGGAAAAAGGCUUUCUCCACCUGUUCUUCCCACAUGAUCGUGGUUUCCAUCACCUAUGGCACAUGCAUUUUCAUCUACAUGAAUCCUACAGCAAAGGAAGAAGUGACUAUUAAUAAAAUAGUUUCACUGCUCAUUUCUUCUAUUUCACCUACAUUGAACCCAUUUAUUUAUACUCUGAGAAAUAAUCAAGUUAGGAAAGCUUUCAAAGACGCAAUCAAGAGAAUUGCAUUGCUUUCAACUAAGUAA